AUGACAGUGACCAUUGUAAAACCAAACCCUGAUGAGAUGUUCAAUACUACUAAAAGUUUUCUUCUAAUAGAAAUACAUUAUACUAGAUCUCUUCAGAUCUUCAUUUUCUCACUACUUCUAGUCUCCUACUUGAUCACUUUGGCUGGAAAUAUUCUCAUAGUCGCUCUAGCAUUAAAUUGUCCAAGUCUCCACACUCCCAUGUACUUCUUUGUGUCCAACCUGUCCAUUGUAGAAAUAUGUGUCACUACAACAAUCACACCAAAAUUUCUGUCCAUUGUUGGAUUUGGCAACCGUGUAAUCUCCUAUUGGGGUUGUUUUUUCCAAUGUUAUUUCUAUUUUGUAUUAGGUUCUAUUGAUUUCUUCCUUUUAGCAGUUAUGUCUUUUGAUAGGUAUGUGGCAAUAUGUCAACCUUUACAUUAUGUUACUGUGAUGAACCAUAGAGUAAUCCUGUACCUUGCUGCAGGUUCUUGGUUGUGUGGCUUUGCAGAUACUUUACCAACUACUAUUCUUACCUCUAACCUACCAUUUUGUGGUUCUAAUGUUAUUCAGCAUUUUUUUUGUGACAUUGAUCCAUUUCUAAAGCUUGUCUGUCAAGACACUAGCCUAAUUGAUCUUCUAAAUCUCAUAGCUUCUUCAUUUACUAUUCUUGGAUCCCUUCUCUGUAUCACAGUGUCAUAUACAUUUAUUAUCUUAGCCAUUUGUAAAAUACGGUCAGGUGGGCAGCGAUGGAAGACUUUUUCCACCUGUUCUUCCCACCUUAUCCUUGUUUUAAUAUUCUAUUCAGGCUCUAUUUUCAUGUGUUUGCGUUUCAUUAGCGGAUCUACUGUAGAAUUCAACAAAAUUGCAGUAGUCCUGAACACUAUUAUAACACCAAUGUUGAACCCUUUUAUCUAUACAUUGAGAAACAACCAAGUAGAACAUGCCAUACGAGGAGUUUGUGGAUGA